UCUACUCCUGCAAACACACACCAUAAAAUUGCCCUCCUCACCCACCAGUCUUUACUUUCAGAAAUUUCUCCUUCUCAAAGCUUAUUCCAGAUUUCAUGGCGUCUACCUCUAACACUGGGCGUCAACCAGAUGAUGAGCACACAAAUGCAUCUCAAGAAAUUGCUUCAUCCCCAUCUAUUUCUUCUACCCUGUUUUCAUCCUGUUUCAAUUGGCUCUCUUUCUUUCUUUCUCUCUGUUCAACUCAAUCCCAUUCCUCGCCAGAUACAUCUUCCUCUACUCCUCUGCUUACCAAUGCAUUUCAAGAGAUAGUAUCUACCUCUGCUACUUCCUCAAUGUCGGGGAAAAAGGUGCCCUACGAUGUGUUUAUCAACCAUCGUGGCCCUGAUGUCAAACACACGCUAGCAGCCACUCUCUAUCAUACCCUCUCUGUCAUGGGGUUGAGGGUUUUUCUUGAUUCCCAAGAGCUUCAAUUGGGGGAAUAUUUGCCUAAAGAAAUUGAAGAAGCAAUGCACAGUGCUUCGCUCCAUAUAGCUAUACUUUCCAAGACCUAUGCACAAUCCCCCUGGUGUUUAGCAGAGCUUUCAUAUAUGCUUAAAACUGGCACCCAAAUUAUUCCUAUUUUCUACCAUCUUCAGCCUGGUCAAGUCCGACAUGGAAAAGGAAUGUAUGCUGAUGCGUUCUCCCAGCACAUAAAGAAGGGUAGAUACAGCUCAGAAAAGAUCCAGGAGUGGAAGAAAGCUGUCGAAGAUGUUUGCAGCAUUGUCGGCGAGAUCAUUGAUAACAAUGAUGACUGUGGGAGGGUGGUCAAGAAUAUUGUCAGUCGUGUUUUGAAAGUAAUACAAAAUGUGCCGUUUGUGGUUGCCAAACACCCAGUUGGUCUAGAUGAAGCUGUCAUAGACUUUGAAAGAACAACACUUGAGUCUCCAGAGAGUGAAAGCAUUGUGCAAAUAGUGGGAAUUUGGGGCAUGGGUGGUUCUGGCAAAACCACUCUUGCUAAGCAGUUAUAUAAUAAGAAAUACACAACUAUGGAAAAGUCUAGUUUUCUGUUAGAUAUUAGAGAUGCUGAUUCCAAAAGUGUAUUACAUCAGAAACAGCAAAAACUCUUAGGAGAUCUUGGUCUUCAGGGUGUAUCAGUUGACAAUAUAGAAGAAGGGAAGGGCAUCCUUGCCUCUCGUUUGAGAUCUGUUCGAGUGCUCAUUGUUUUGGAUGAUGUGGAUAAUGUAGAUCAGAUGGAUGCUCUAGUGCCUGAGAAGGAUAGUCUUGGACGGGGUAGUUUGAUUGUAGUGACUACAAGAAAGCUUGAAGUACUCCAACGUUGGGGUAUCUCGUCCAUUUAUAAAAUGAAAGCACUAGAUCCACCUUAUGCCAAGAAGCUUUUUUGUUGGCAUGCUUUCUUAAAACCAUGUCCAGAUGAUGGAUUUGAGAAUCUUGUUGAAGAAUUCAUCGAGGCUUGCAAUGGCUUACCACUAUCUCUUAAAGUAUUUGGAGCACAAUUAUAUGGCAUAUCCAAUAAAGAUUAUUGGAAGAAUCAAUUACAAAAGAUUGUUAGGAUACUGCCUGAUAAUAUAAAAAAUAGACUAAAAAUAAGUUAUGAUGCCCUAGAUUAUGAAGAGAAAGAAGCAUUUUUAGAUGCAGCUUGUUUUUGUAUUGGUCAAAAGAAAACUUCAGUCAUUGCAGCUUGGGAUGGAUCAAUUGGGAGUGGACUGUGCAGUUGGGAAAGUCUCUUGAAUAAGUGCCUUAUUGAACUUGUGAAUGAUGAGUACAUAAGAAUGCACGAUCAUUUACGAGACUUGGGAAGAGAAAUUGCAAAUCAUCAGUCACCUUACCGUCUUUGGUCUUCUCAACAGAUUAUUAAUGUUCACAAUGAUGUGCAGGGAAUUGCCAUUCGAGCAAUCAUGGUUACAAGAGAUGAAUCAACAAGCGAGGUUGAGCAGUUUCCUCAAUGUUCCGAGCGUGGAGAGCUCAAAGUUAACACAAGCAGAGGAUUUCGUAGCCUGGCGCCAUCUUCUCUUGGAUUAAAAAUUCUUCAAGUGAGUGGAAAUUAUUAUAAUCAAGUGAUUGGUGAUCUAUCAAGAGAGCUGGUAUGGCUUCGUUGGUUUAGCAUUGAGCAGAGAAAUCUUCACUCAUUGAAUUCAAUGAAAAAUUUGAGGGUUUUAGAACUCUACCAAAAGAGGGAUGGGAAAAAUCACUUAGAAGAACUGUGGGAGACUGACAGCAAUGCUCCAGUGCAACUGAGAGAGUUGCUAAUUUCUGACUGCUCUGAAUUCCAAAGAUUUCCAGAGUCAAUAGGAUGUCUCAGGCAUUUGAAAAAGAUAGUCGUGAGUGGUGGGAGCAAGGUGAGCAAUCUGCCGGAUGAAUUUUGUCUUCUUCAAUCGCUGGAGCACCUGGAGCUAGAAAGGUGUCGGGAGCUGUCAUCGCUACCCUGCAGUUUUGGCGAUUUGAGAAAUCUGAGGCACCUUCGUUUGUCUGAUUGCGUGGAAUUGAGGAAGUUGCCAGUCUCUUUCAAGAAGCUCGCACUCCUGCAACACCUCAACUUACAAAAAUGUUCUAACCUCAUCUUAGAUUCAGACAUUUUGGAAAACAUGACACACUUGGAGCAUCUGAGCUUCUCUGGUUGCAGGGAAUUGGAAGAGUUGCCUCGUCACAUCACAAAUCAGGCCUCAUUGACACUGUUAAAUUUAAAUGAUACAGGGAAGUUGAGGGACAUACCAGUGAACAUCGGCCAACUGAGCAAGUUGCAACAGAUGAGGAUCGGAAGUGAGUUGUUGACAAGCCUGCCAACAUCUAUUGGAGAUUUAUCUUCCUUGACUAAUCUUCAAAUUGUAAUGUGUCCCAACCUGGAAUGUCUACCCGACUCUCUAGGUCGUCUUAAUCUCCUAGAGUGGUUAUAUAUAAAGAAUUCAGGAGUAAAAUCCUUACCAAAAUCAGCUGGGCAACUAAUUAAUCUCCAAACACUAUCUAUAUCGAAUUGCUCAAUCAGUGAAUUAGAUCUUGUAAAUUCUUCGUUGCACAAUCUUAAGAUCAUAAAUCUGGAUGCAAUUGAAGUGUGCAAGGUUUCCAUCUCCGAAGACUGUUGUCCGGGCCUUGAAUCUCUUCAUCUUAGUAACAAUAACCGUCUAACAGAGAUAGAUGUCCUUCCAACUGCAGUCAAGACGGUGUAUUUGGUACGGUGUAAAAUGUUGAGGAACAUAAAGGGUAUUGAAGGUCUGGUAAACAUUCAAUCGCUGUCGAUAAUUGGGUGCCCUGAGUUGGAUGCGCUUCCCAGUUUUGCACAAUCAACUUUUCUUCAACAGUUUGAACUGAAAGGGUGCUAUGGAGUGAAGAAAAUCCAUGGUCUGGAACAUUGCAGAGCAUUGGAGAGGCUGACAGUGGAUACGAGAUGGAAGGAGGCGGGUAUAGGAAGUUUGGAGCGCAUGGUAAGAUUGAGACACGUGGAUCUCAGAGCAAUCAGCAGACCAGGCGUUGAAGGUUGCAUUCAAAGCAUGAAGAAUUUGCAGAAAUUUCCCGACGAAACAUUCAUAUGCACGCGGGCGGUUCCUGAUGCGGCCUCACUUGUAAACUCCUUUGACUUUGUGGGUCUCUCCGUGGUUGACUCCUUCGCUAAACAGGAAAUCAAGUCAGGAGCAUCCCUCAAAUGCCCAUCCUCUGCGUGCUGCCUUCUUUUAUGUUUUGUUGUGAAUUGUGAAUCUCCAAAUACUUCAUUGAAUUUAUUUCACAAUAAUUUAUCUAUUUGGGAUGUUCCUAUGGAGGAGGGUAAAUGGGUAUGGACAGGUGUCAUCACACAACAUUCCAGGAUCCACAAUCGCAUUCCACUUCACGGACAAUCAAGGGUAGAGUUCUAUUCACUAGCAGAAGCGGAGAAGGGAUUGGUUGUGAGGGGAGAAGAGGAGAGAGUUGUGGAGGCUUUCAAUCGUUUAUGGGUGCUCUUAUCAGAUUAAUUAUAUGCAAAUACAAGUUAGGAAAAGUGUGGAAAAGGCGCCAUUUAAUGAUGAUAUUUAUUGUAUUUUUGGUAAAUUUUUAAUGUAUAUUAAAUUUAUUUAUUUUAUAAAUAUUUAUAAUUUUUUA